CCAAUGCGGUUCCGCUCGUAAAAGGGGCGCGUGCGUGGCUAACACUCGUGUCUCCGCCGAUUAGCCCGCGCCAGGUGACAAAGGGCCCCUUCAGAGCCCCGCCCGCCCAGCUGACCGGCGCAAGACCUGGCCUUUCCAUUGCCUGGCCUUUCCAUCCCCAUAAAGAGCCCCCAAGGCUGUGGGCCAGGGACCCUUCGCUCCCUGGACUCCAGAGAGAGACAGAGAGAGAGAGAGAGAGAAGAGAAGGGGACUUUAAGCCAGGAAGCCCCCAACUGCACAGCCAAGACUAGCAGCGAGAAACGGAGGAGACCCUCAAGUUCACAGACAGGAUAGAGAGGCAACUGAGGAGACCCCCAAUUGCACAGCCAAGAUUCAAGAGGCACUGAAGAGAGCCCUAAGUCCAUAGGCUAACAAGGCACUGAGGAGAGUGAGGAGGAAACUGAGGAGACUAGAGAGGCGACUAGGCUACAGAGGCAACUGCACAGCCAGAGACCCCGAAGUGCACAGCUAGGCUAGCAAGGCACUCAGGAGACUAGAGAGGCAACUGAGGAGACUAGAGAAGCAAGCGAAGGGACCCCCAAUUUCAAAGCAUUGAGGAGGCUCCCAAUCAGCCCGAACAGCCCCCCCAGUGGUCCCAUUGCGCAUGCUCAGGAGCCCCCCAAUCCUCAAGGGCGCGCCUCGGGUCCUCUGCUCCAGCCAUGGAGACCCUCAACGGGGACUACUUCAACGGGGGCUUCUUGCUGCCCGUUGCCGGCGGGGAGGCGGCGGAGAAGAGAGGCCGGGAGAAGCAGCAGCAGCCGCCGCCGCCUCCUCUCCGCCCUCACCUGCCCGCAGACAGGGGCCCUUCCUCCCGGGAGCGCCAGGGCGAGACGGAGGCGGAGGAGCGGGAGCAGCAGGCGCGGCUGUCCGCCUUGGAGGCCGCCUACGGCAGCAUCCUCCGCGGGCUGGGAGAGAACCCCGAGCGGCAAGGGCUGCAGCGGACCCCCCGCCGGGCGGCCAAAGCCAUGCAGUUCCUCACCAAAGGCUACCACGAGAACGUCGCAGAAAUACUCAACGAUGCAAUGUUUGAUGAGGACCACGAUGAGAUGGUGAUUGUGAAGGAUAUUGAAAUGUUUUCCCUCUGUGAGCAUCACUUGGUCCCUUUCUUUGGCAAGGUCCACAUUGGAUACUUACCAAUGAAGAAAGUGGUUGGUUUAAGCAAGCUUGCAAGAAUUGUUGAAAUAUUUAGCCGAAGACUUCAAGUCCAGGAGCGACUCACCAAACAGAUUGCCUGGGCCAUCACUGAAGCUCUGAAACCUGUUGGAGUAGCUGUGGUCAUAGAAGCUUCGCACAUGUGUAUGAUCAUGCGGGGCGUUCAGAAAAUGAAGAGCAAAACUGUGACAAGCACCAUGCUGGGAGUCUUGCGAGAAGAUCCAAAAACCAGGGAGGAGUUUCUCUCCUUGAUCAAGAGUUAAAUGGCAACAGCUUGUGCUGCUCUGUGGGUUUGGAUCCCACACUGAAAAACAAUUGCCAGAACAUAAUUGCUUUAUGUGAGCCAAGUCUGCUUUUUUUCUUUCAAAAAGUAUCACAGCUUUAUUAUCCCUUCUGGGUAAUACUGCACAGUGAUGGCAAACAUUUGCUGUGGAAUUCAAUUACCUUAGGCCUUUUUAUAGAAAAGAAACAAAUCAUACCCAGAGAUUGAAAAUAACUACCGUUGUUAGCUUUAAUUAAUUCCUUUUAAAAGUCAUAAUCACAGUCUCUUUCACACUACGCAAUAAUAACAUUUUGAUGCUAUGGCAACUAGGGAGCAAGUGUGGUACAGUGGUUUGAGUGCUGGACUGUGACCCUGUAGGACAGGAUCUGAAUCUGUACUCGCUCAUGAAAACCCCAUUGGGUGACGUUGGGCAAGGCACACACUCUCAGCCCCAAAGGAAAGCAAAGGCAAAACUCCUCUGAACAAAUUUUACUAAGAAAACAUGAUGAUUGCCACCUUAGGGCUGCCAUAGGUCAGAAGCAACUUGAAGUCACACAACAACAACAAACCAUUGUAACCGGCUUACAUUGAUCCUAUAGAAUUCUAGGAUUUAUAGUUUUGCAAGGUAUUUAGAAUUCUGUGAUAAAGAUUUAGUGCCUCAGCAGAGUACAAAUCCCAUAAUUCCAUAGGAUUUAGUAGCACUAGAAUUGUUACAAUUGUGUAAUGUGUGAAAGAAAUCUAAGAUGUAACUGAGGCCCCAUCUACAAUGCCAUAUAUUGUAAUAUGUAACUGCAUUAUAUGAGUCUAUUGGCCAUGUAAUGCAGCUUAACUGCAUCAGACUUCAUUAUACGAGUCUAAUGCAUAUCCAAAGAGCAGUAUAUGGCAGUGUAGAUGUGGCCUGAGCUAUAUUAUGAUUCUAAUGUAAACCAGGCAUGGGCAAACUUCAGCCCACAAUUGUUAGGAAUUGUGGGAGUUGAUAUCCAAAACACCUGUAGGGCCAAAGUUUGCCCAUGCUUGAUGUAAACACUAUAAUUGUUCUCUCCAUGUAUAAUUGUUAUAGUUAGUAGUUAUUUUUGCAGCUACAAAGAUGUCUGUGUCCACAUUACUGAGAUGUUUUUAUACCAUAGGCCAGUGAUUUGCUGCCUUUUUGAUAUUCAUUUUGUAAAAGUAACUAAAAAGUCACAAUUUUUGUUGCCUAAGAAUAACAAGACUUACUCUUAUAGUUUAGAACAACAUAUAAUAACUAAAAUGUGUAGUGAUAGAAACGACUGACUUAGGUGUUGGGCUUUUGGUUACAGUUUUUCUAGGCUUGUAUAAGUGGCAGCAAAGAAUGACCCAAUAUGGCUGGAUCUACACUGCAUUGAACUGCAUCAUAUGGGUCUACACCAGGAGUUCUCAAAGCGUGCUCCGCUGAGCCCUUGGGGCUCUGCGCGUGAUAGUGAGGGGCUUUGGGGCACCAUGCUGCUUCUCACCUUCUCCUCUUUCCGCCUCCUCCUCAUCCUGGAAAUGUAGGGAAAUUAAAGUUUGGAGCUGCUGAAACAGCAGAAGCAGCAGCAGCAGCACUGUCCUCCCAGGGCAUAGACCCAUCUCCCUAGCUGCCCAGACCGCCCCCCUCCCCGGCUUUCUUUGCUUUCAAAACCCUAUUUCCCUCCCACCAUUCAGGGGUACUUUCAUUAUGCUUUUCCUGCAUGGUGAACUGGAUGGCCCCUGUUGUUUCUGCUAUUAUUAUUGUUGCUGUUGUUGUUAUUACAAAGGCUGCAUGGCCAUCUGUUGGGGGUGCUUUGAUUGUGCUUUUACUGCAUGGCAGAAGGAGGUUAAACUGAGUGGCCACUGAGGCAUCUGCUAUUAUUAUUAUUAUUAUUAUUAUUAUUAUUAUUAUUAUUAUUAUUAUUAUUAUUAUUAUUAUUAAAGUCGGUGUGGCCAUCUGUUAUGGGUGCUGAACUGGGGAUACAUGGCAGAAGUGGGUUGAACUGGAUGGCCCCUGGGAUUUCUGCCAUUCUUGUUGUUGUUGUUUUUGUUGUUAUUAUUGCUACAAAGGCUGUGUGGCCAUCUGUUGGGAUUGCUUUGAUUGUGCUUUUACUGCAUGGCAGAAUGGAAUUGAACUGAAUGGCCUCUGGAGUUUGUUGUAGUAGUAGUAGUAGUUAUUAUUAUUAUUUGAUACACAACAAGAUUAGUACACCGCAAACAAGAUUGCUAUGCUGGUUGUUGUAUUUGAUCACACGUUGGACACUUCCCAAGUGUCUAGGACUGUGUGAUGUAUCGGCGAAUAAUGCAUGCAGAUCCAAGUAGGGGGUCUUUUGCAGCUGAUAGAUAGCAAUUUUGUCAAUGCCAAAUGUUUUUAAAUGCAGGCCAAGGUCUUUAGGCACUGCACCCAGUGUGCCGAUUACCACUGGAACCACCUUGACUGGCUUGUGCCAGAAUCUUUGCUGUUCUAUUUUUAAAACCUCCUAUUAUGUUAGCUUUUCCAGUUGCUUCUCUUCAAUUCUGCUGUCACCUGGGAUUACAACAUCGACGAUGCAUACUUUGUUUUUUCCCACGAUUGUGAGGUCGAGAGUAUUGUGCUCCAAAACUGUCAGUCUGAAUUCGGAAGUCUAUUACUACUACUACUACAAAGUCUGGGUGGCCAUCUGCUAGGGGUACUUUGGUUGUGCUUUUCUUGCAUGGCAAAAUGUGAUAGAACUGGAGGGCUCCUGGGGUUGUGCCUAUUAUCAUUUUUAUUACAAAGGCUGGAUGGCCCUGUGUUGGGGGUGCUUGGAUUGUGCUUUUCUUGCAUGGCAGAAGAGGGUUGGACUGGAUGGCCUCUGGGGUCUUCCACUGACAUACUGUUAAAUUUAUGUUGGUUAAAAUGUUUCUUCAUUUUUAAUAUUAUAUUGUUCUUUUUCUUUUUUGCACUACAAAUUGUGUAUAUGCAUUUAUUGGGGCUUCACAAGAAACUUUUGCUUCAAAAAUGGUUCCACAGCUGAAAAAGUUUGAGAACCCCAAAAUGCAUUAUAUGGUAGUGUAGAUCUAGGCCACAUCAAUUGACUCUAAGUAGAUUAUUUCUGCAAUGCCUUAUUUCAUUCACAGCUGCAGCAUUUUCUCUACUAUUUGUUUUUAAAAUAUAUUGUCUAGAUAUAUUGUGUCAUUAAGACUACCAACUUUUUCAUGGGUGACAUCUUUAUUUGUAAGUGAGAAUGAAGAUAAAUUAUUUUCCUCUCCAUAUUAUCUUCCUCUCCACAUCACAAGGAGGGAUGCUUAAGUGCACAAAACAUGAGUAUCAAUAUCGGUUCCUCGUGUGAUUUAGAACAUAUAUAUAAUAAUAAUAAUAAUAAUAAUAAUAAUAAUAAUAAUAAUAAUAAUAAUCUGCCUCUCCUCAUGGCUUGAGGCAAGGUAAAACAUAGUUAAAAUGAAAUUACACUGGUUUAUUGAUACAAUUUUGAAUUGUUAUGAGUGAACCCUAAAAAAGCACAUGAUUUGUAGUCUUAAGCAAACACAAACACCUGACUAUACUUUCCAGGGUUGUCUGAGAGAGGAGGAGUGAAUUCUAAGGCAUUUAAUACUUAUACUUUUCAUACUUAUUUAGAAAGAAACCCAGUUGAACUGAGUAAGACUUACUUCCAAGUUAGAAAUGUGUUUGCAUUGAGAUACAGACACACACACGCACGCACACACACACACGCAGCAUGAGUCAGUUCAUCUUUAUUAGCCAAUUGAAGACACUUGUGCUCAAGUGAUGCGCUAGUGGCUCCUGAUCUUGUUUUUAACUGGAAAGCUUGUUUUGACUGAAGACUUUCCAUCAGUUGUUAUUAACUAAAAUCGCUACUAAAUGUUUUUCCCUUGCCGAUAUAUCUUUGUGCUAUGGCUCUUUGGGCCAUGAAAGUACUGUAAACUUGUUUACUGUCAAGUAUUACCAUUGGUACUGUAGAACUUGAAAUGUGCCUUAUCGAACUGAAGUGACUUAAUACAUCAUAGGAAAGAAAGGCUACAGUCAUUUUCUUCUGUCUCUUGACAAUUUUUCAAAGCAUCAACUAGCACUUUAGACAGAUUUGUUCUGGUAGCUAAAAGGAUGCAAUGUGUUGUCGAAGGCUUUCAUGGCUGGAAUUACUGGGUUGCUGUGAGUUUUUUGGGCUGUAUGGCCAUGUUCUAAAAGCAGUCUCUCCUGAUGUUUCGCCCACAUCUGUGACAGGCAUCUUCAGAGGUUGUGAGGUAUAUUGGAAACUAGGCUACUGGCUGAAUUAGUCUGCAGUGCCUUUCUGGAACAUGGCCAUACAUGCUUACCAGCACAGAAAUAUCAAAAUGCUGUAGCAAAAUAUUUCAACUUCUGCCUUCUUCGGCUGCUCUGAAUCAAGUGCAGCAGAGUUAAGAAUAGCUAAAGAAGAAAGCCAAAACAUUUAGAGUGUUUGCUGAGGUUUGUAGGACUUUUGUUCCAAAACCUCAAGAGCAAUGCUCAUGUUAUCAGCAAUACUUUUUUCCUAAUGUGCAAGGGACCAGCCCAUUGGUUCCAAUAUAUCUCCUUUAAACUGACCAGGGACCAGUUGCCAAUAGCUCAGGGACUAGCAUCAGUCCAAUGACAACCACUUUGAACACUAUAGAUUUAGUGCAGAAAUGGGACAUAUGCAGUCUUCCGAAUGUUUAACUGCAACUCCCAUAUUCCUCAUCAUUGGCUAGCCUGGAUACGGCUGCUGCGAGUUGCAAUCCAAUAAUAUUUGGAGAGCUGCACAAUUCUCAGCUGCUUUAGAAGGUGCAACCGGGCUGACUUACCAAUUUGAGAGGAAAACAGGAUUGCACUGGCCUGUUGUUGAUGUUCAAGUGAUCUGUACAGUCAUACACUGGUGGGAACUGAGACUUUUCUCAAGUGAACAUGAAGCACAUGUUCCUCUUCCUCUUAGUAGUUUUUACAAAGUUUAUUAAAAGAAAAAUAGCUGCUUCAGAGUAGUGCUAAACUUUAUAUGUAACUAAAAGUGGCACUACAUUACUGAGUGUAUAAAAUGCUUGUAAUAUAGAGCUAUAGGUUUUGAUUCUAACUUUGUUUACUAUAAUGUAGCACUCUAGUAUACUAUCCAUUUAUAUUAUACUCAAACAAUUAAAAUUACUUUAAGGCAUUCCACAUGUUGUUGGUGCUUUUGUGGUCGCUUUUACUUUUGUAUUCAUAACAUGACAACAUCCAAUACAUUUUGGAAAGGAAUAGUACAAAUAGUGCAGCUUUUUUCAUUAUAGAGCCAGUGCAGUGUAGUGGUUUGAGUAUUGGAUUAGGAUUCUGAGAAACCAGGAUUCAAAUUCUUUCUCAGCCAGGGUGCCGGACUACAAAUCUCAUCAUGUCCAACUGGAAUGUUGCCAAUUUGGAAAAAAAUUUUUUGUCCUACUUUGCAUGUGUUUUGGAUAUCCAAAGGGGAGUAUCCAAGGUACUGAGCUCUACCCUAAAAUAGAUUUGGUACUUUGGAUAGCUCCUUUAAACCCACAGUAGAUUCAUCUUACUCUUGGCAUGGAAAGCAGAAGGUACCAAGUUGACAGGCAGCUUGAAAGGCCCAUGGUCUUAGGCACUUCAACAUGAGGGGUGAGCCAAUUGUGGUCUACGGGCUUCAUGCAGGCAUUUUAUAUUCCCCAAGUCCCCUUGGGCAUGCAUAAUUUGUUUAUCUUAUCAAUCUAUCUGUACACAUUUUCUAUCUUUCUAUACACAUGCACAUAAUAAUAGAAUAAUAUAUAAUAAUAAACAUAAUAUAUAUAAUAUAAUAAUAUACAUAACAGCACUCCAUGCAAUCAUGCCGGCCACAUGACCUUGGAGGUGUGUGUCUACAGACAAUGCUGGCUCUUUGGCUUAGAAAUGGAGAUGAGCACUGUGAAGAAGUGUAUAAUUAUAAUUAAAUAUGUUAAAGCCAUAUGUAAAUAGAUCUGUAAAUGUAUGUAUGAUAAUUUCGGGGGAGGAAACAGGUACUUUUCCCUUUUGGGAAGGGAAUAGGAGAGCCUAUAGGAGCAGCGAGCAAGUAAAGGUUGACGAGGGAUUGUCCCAGAGUCAACAGAAACAAGUUAGAAAAUUAUUAAAUAAGUAUGACCAUUUAUUUUCGGAUCUCCCAGGGAGAGUACAGGGGAUAUAUCAUCAAAUCAUCACUGGUGAUACUCCACCCAUAGCGUCUCCUCCAUACCGAGUUACAGGCAAAAUAACUAAAUGCAUUGAGAGGGAAGUAAAAGAAAUGUUGGACAUGGGCAUUGUAGUACCAUCAAGCAGCCCAUGGGCCUCACCAAUUAUUUUAGUUCAAAAGCCUGAUAACACCAUAAGGUUCUGUGUGGACUAUAGACUUUUAAACAAGGUAACACAAUCAGAUACUUACCCUAUGCCUCGGUUAGAUGAUCUGUUAGAGAGGAUGGGGAAGGCCAAUUUUAUCAGCAGCCUGGACUUAACCAAGGGAUUUUGGCAGGUACCUAUGGCACCUCAGGACCAGGCCAAGACAGCUUUUAGGACUCAUGCGGGAUUAUAUGAGUUCACCGUUUUACCUUUUGGAUUAAAAAAUAGUCCAGCCACGUUUCAACGUGGACAGAAUACUUAGUGGUAUGGGAGAUUUCUGUGUGGCUUACAUGGACGACAUAGGGAUCUUUAGUUCGAGUUGGGAAGAUCACUUGAAACACCUCAAUCAGGUGUUGAGUCGGUUAAAGGAGGCAGGUCUAACUAUCAAGGCUUCCAAGUGCCAGAUAGGAAACCGCACAACCAAAUAUUUAGGGCAUAUAGUAGGUUGUGGGAGUAUCGGACCGGAGCUAACCAAGGUUGAAGCCAUCCACCAAUGGCCUAUCCCAAAAACCAAAAAGCAAGUAAGAUCAUUCCUUGGUUUAGCAGGAUAUUACCGGAAGUUUAUACCAUCAUUUAGCACUUUAGCAGCCCCUCUAACUGAUCUCACUAGAAAGAACUGCCCCAAUCAGGUAAUUUGGUCCCCUGAAUGUCAGAAGUCCAUGGAACAAUUAAAACAGGCCCUUACAUCGAAUUCUGUUUUAAAAGCCCCAGAUUUUGACGCACCUUUUAUUUUGACCUGUGACGCUUCUGAUACUGGAUUAGGAGCCGUCUUAAGUCAGGUUGAUGCAGAAGGGGAAAAUCGUCCAAUCCUCUUUCUGAGUAAAAAAUUACUUCCUCGAGAGUGCAGUAUGUCAACUAUCGAAAAGGAGUGCUUAGCCAUAGUUUGGGCUAUACAAAAAUUAAGGCCUUAUUUAUGGGGGAGGAGGUUCACCCUCCAAACUGAUCAUGCCCCGUUAAAAUGGCUAGACAACACCAAGGGAACUAAUAACAAGCUUCUUCGAUGGAGCCUGUUACUACAAGAUUACUCCUUUGAAAUAAAACAUGUAAAAGGUAAAAACAACAUUGUAGCAGAUUCACUUUCCAGGACGUAUUAGAGGUUGCAACAAUAAAGGUUUGUGUUUAUAUAUGUUGCAUGAUAAUGUGUUAAUAUUAUAUGUUAAGAGUGUAUUAAUAUGUAUUGUUGUAUAUUUUUAAUUACAAUCCACAUUAUUAUUUUUGACUAUUCUAGGAUGUAGAAAGGUCAAAAAUAAUCUUUAUGGGUUGGGAGGUGUGUGAAGAAGUGUAUAAUUAUAUUUUGUUUAUAGAUGAUAUGUGUAUUUGAUUUUGUUUAAACAGCCAGGUUUGGCUAAGUUAAAAUGGUGAGUAUUUGAAUUGACAUUAUGUAUGGGGGAAGGUAGCCAUCUUAGAGUGCUAGAACAGGUUACCAUAGCAACAGGGGCGGAGCCAACCGCCGCCUGGAAAGGAAAAGGGGGAAUAUUUUAAAACCCAAGAGCAGUCUGUGAUUUCCUAGUCACAGGGAAGGAUCUGAUUCUUGUGUGGAGAAUCAGGCUGGCUUAAAUAGAGAGAUUUGAGUCAGAUUUAGGAUAGACCAGACUAGGCAAGUUAGGUGAUUUGUCUAGGGUCAGUUGUAGAGUCUGUGGAUUAGAGAACAUUAAUCCCAGGGGAUCCAGUAGGAUCAGGGUUUAGAGUAACUUAAAGAAAGAAGUAAUUUGAAAGUUUAACCACCUCAUAACCGUUUGUAACCAUUAAGCGAAGUGCCUUUACCAAGUUAUCUGAAACCAUCAAGCUCUGUACCUGCAAUAAACUUGUUUUGAUUUUAUUCAAA